AUGGCAGCACAGUUUCUAACUAGAUUGCUUAACAAGAGCAAAGCGCCACAAGGUCACUCAGGCAUGUAUGCUGCCAUGCCUAGAGACAUCCUUAUGGUUGUGGGGAAUGAGAUCAUUGAGGCUCCCAUGGCGUGGAGAGGUUGUUUCUUUGAGUAUAGAGCCUACCAUCCUUUGAUCAAACAGUACUUCAAAAAAGGAGCUAAAUGGACCACUGCUCCUAAACCCACCAUGGCUGAUGAACUGUACGAUCAGGACUAUGCCAAUCUGAAAGAAGAGAGACACAAACUAGCUCUACAGGGGAAGUUUGUAACCAAAGAGCACAAACCCUGCUUUGAUGCUGCUGAUUUCAUUCGGGCCGACCGUGACAUUUUUGUCCAGAGAAGCCAGGUUACAAAUUCCAUGGGAAUUGAGUGGAUGCGCCAUCAUCUGGCCCCAGAGUACAAAGUCCACACGCUGUCUUUCAAUGACCCGGUCGCAAUGCACAUUGAUGCCACAUUUAACAUCCUCAGGCCGGGGCUUCUGAUGACAAACCCUGAUCACCCAUGUCAACAGAUUGAUAUGUUUAAGAAGGCAGGUUGGACAGUUGUGAAAGCUUCAAGGCCUAUGGUUCCUGAUGACCACCCCCUGUGGAUGUCCUCCAAAUGGCUGUGCAUGAACAUUUUGAUGUUGGAUGAGAAGCGAGUUAUGGUUGAUGCCAAUGAAACAACCACUCAGAAGUUGUUUGAGGACCUUGGAAUCGAGACUAUAAAACCAAACCUUCGUCAUGCCAACUCCCUUGGUGGAGGUUUCCACUGCUGGACAAGUGAUAUACGUCGUUGUGGUACCCUACAGUCCUACUUCAACUGA